CAUUGUCACUGCAAACACGGUGUGAUUUGUACAGGAUCGCCUGCGCGUGGUGCAGCGCUCAAAAGACUUGAUCUAUUACUUGUUUUAUCUUUUCAAUAACAUCUCCCUUCUCCCUCAGUCAUAUCUUGACUUCUUGCCCCUGGAAGGAUCAGUCGCACUUGACGCCACUGCGCUUGUUGUCAGCUUAACCUAAUACCUGCGGCUGGUCUCGACUUCAUUUCGCGCUCACCGUCUGGCCUUGUCGCCAUGGCGUCCUAUGUGUACUUCAAGUUCAAGUCACAGAAAGAACCUCAGCGUGUAACCAUCGACGGCCCUCAUACGGAUGUUUGGAACCUCAAACGUGAGAUCAUCAACAUUUCUCGCCUAGGAGACGGAACGGACUUCGAUCUCAAAAUCUACAAGGAAAACAGCAAUGAAGAAUACACAGAUGACACCGAGAUCAUCCCCAAAGACUCUACUGUUCUCGCUCGAAGAUUGCCUGCCUCUGCCCCUGGCAAAGGUCGCGCCGCUCGUUAUGUCUCUGGAAAGCCUCCCGUCAGCGCCAAACCCACAACGUCCACAUCCAGCAGACCUGUUACAUCAGUGAAGAUAGACAAUGCAAUGACAGAAGAAGAGAAACUCAAAGCUAUGCUUCAACUUACAGGUGCUCAAUGGCAGCAAAAACAAGAAGAGAUGUCACACGAGACUCGAGUCCAUCUUCAGGGCGCCAAACCCUUCAACAAGAAAAUGAACGUCCCAGAGGGGGAGCCACCGCACGGAUACAUCUGUUACCGUUGCGGCAAGAAAGGUCACUGGAUACAAGCAUGUCCUACCAAUGAUGAUGUCAACUAUGACAACAAGAACCGCAUCAAGCGGACGACUGGUAUCCCUCGCUCGAUGUUGAAGAAGAUCGAUCAGUCAGAGGUCGACAAACUGGACGACGCACAGAGACAGCACCUGAUGGUGAACGCUGAAGGAGAAUACGUCUUUGCUCAAGCAGACGAAAAGGCCUGGAAAAAGCAUCUGGAACAAGUCAAGGCUGCAGAAGCGGCAUCACAAAAAGUACAAGUCGGUGACAAAGAGCUGCAAGAUCGAGGUCUGCUAUGCCCGAUCGACAAGCGCUUGUUUGUAGACCCAAUGAAGACACCUUGUUGUGGGAAGACAUAUUGUCAUGAAUGUAUUGAGAAUGCGCUACUCGAGAAUGAUCUCACUUGCCCAGGCUGCGAGACUGAAAAUGUCAGUCUGGAGCAGCUGCAGCCCGAUGAGGAUCUUAAAACCAAGAUCAAGGAGUAUGAAGCAGAAAAAGCAAAUGAAAGACUACGAUCUAGAAGUCCUACUGUUGCAGCAGAAUCACCCAAAGCAGACCCUUCAGCUUCUGGCUCAAGGCCUACUUCACGUGAUGGCAGUGGCUCGCCGCCAUCGACCAACGGACAGUCUAAGAAAAGAAGUGCCAGUGAUGUUGAAGGUUCAGAUACGAUGGAUAGUCUCGCCGCACCAGCCAUGAAACGUCAAAAAUCUGGAGAUGCAGUAUCGCCUAAGCCGGAAGCUGAUGGCCAAGGCGAUAGCGAACAACAAACUAAUGCCUCUGAAGAGAAGAUUGAAUUCCCUGCGAACAUGAUGCCACCUGAUUUCUCUCAAAUGCAGCAAGGCAAUGGUAUGAACAUGCCUAUGAUGCCAGGUUUCAAUCCAUUUAUGAUGAAUCCCAUGGCCAUGGGAAUGGGAAUGAAUGGCAUGAAUGGUAUGGCCGGUAUGAACGGCAUGAAUUUCAUGAACCCAGGCUUCAACAUGAUGAAUGGCAUGGGCGGCAUGAAUGGGAUGAACAUGUUUCCACAAGGGAAUGGCAACAUGGGCUUUGGCAACCAAACGCCGAAUUGGAAUAUGAACCAGAACCAGAACCAGCAUCAAAAUCAGAAUUGGAACAAUAACGGAGGCAAUGGCUACAACAAAAGUAACAAUUUCAACCGACAACGCAAUUUCCAACCACAGCAAGCACCAAAACAGCCAGCAGGCCUCAGUGGUGUACCAACAGGUCCGAAGGCCUUGACACAGCAGCAGCAAAACUUCUAUCCACCAAGUGGUCCAGCGGGUAAUAAGUUUUCGAAUCAGCAGCGACAUGUUGGGAAUGAGGAAGACAACGCGUACAUGCGACAGCCGGUGAAUCCGCAUCGACAUAUCAAUAGGAACAAGAAGGCGAGACAGCCUGAUUACCGAGAGCUGUAGAAGGGACGAGGAGUUUAUCAAGGAG